AUGCUUAGGGGGGACGCACUGAAGGGCGAGUUAACCAGUGGGGCGGACAAUGACGAACUGGUUACAGCCAAGCAACUCUUCGCGACGCACUUGAAGGUGGACGAGAGGACCAAGCAGCUUUACAGGCACUUCAACGUGGAGGAGUAUGUGCUCGAGGUUGUGCGAAGUAAGGGGGCGGAGAAGAAGGGCGAUGGUAAGGAGGGAGGAAGUGGCACAUUGGAGGAGGCCAGCGGGGGUGAGGGCGCGAAUGGGGAAAAUGCUGGCGCAGGGAAAGUGAGCGGAGCGGAAAAUGUGAAUGACACGAAAAAGGCCAGCGAAUCCGAUAUCGCCAACGAAGCGGACAACGCGAACGAAGCCGACAACGAGCACAGCGCGGGCGACGACACAGACAGUGAGUGCCCCAAAAGAGACGAGCAGGCGUACCGAGAAGAGCUGCAGUUUUUAAAAGCCAACCCACUGCACCUGAGCAGGUGGUACGACGUGCUGGAGCUGUACCAAAGGGAAGAAGUGUACGAACUGUUUCUGCUGGUUUUCCCAAGGUGCACAUUAUAUUGGACCAAAUAUGCAGAGCUGAAAGUAAAAAAAAAGGAAUACACAGAAGCGUAUAAAAUAUAUCGCAGGUGUAUUGAUGCGAAUAUCUACGACUUGAAAUUUAUUUUCUCCUUUUUGUACUUUGCCUACCACACGUCUUCCAUUCACGAGUACAUCAGUUUUUUGUUCGAGGGGUUGAAGUACGUAGGGACGGAUAUAAAGUCAGGCACCAUUUGGGUGGAGCUCCUAUACAUACUAAUAAAAAUAAACAACACACAUUUGAUUCAGAAUAAUGACGUUCAAAAUUUGCUGCUCGAUCCAUUUAGGAACAUAAGCAGUAAGAAGAGGAAUGAAGGGCCAUUGCUGCCAUCAGAAAAGGAGCAAGCCAUAUUUAGCUCCUCCAUUCCAAAUAAAAGUGGCAAAACGGUGACGUACACGGAGCAUUACACAAGUGAUGGGAAGCUUAGGAAGUUUUACCAUUGCUGGUUUAAUAACCCCACAAAAUAUUUAGAUAAGGUGUGGAAGAAUUUUUGCUCCUACGAAAAAACCCUCACAGAUAAUUUUACCGUCAGUUCGCUAGCCAUCUACAAUACGCAGUACUUAAAUGCGAAGAAUGCCUUUAGAGAGUUAUCUGCCCUUUACCAGGAGUUAAAUUUAGACCGGAAAUUCAAAAUUGAUAAAAAAUUUAAGCUAAUCAUACCCAUUAGCAGGAAAUAUAAGGUAGAAAAUUGCAUCCUCCUUCGUCGGUGGGAAAAAAUCAUCAAUUUUGAGAAAGAGAACCCCCUCAAGUUGAGUCUCCCUCUUGUGCGUAAAAGAAUUAUGUAUGUCUACGAACAGGCCUUGGUCCAUUUACAGUUUAAUGCCGAUUUGUGGUUUUCCUACUUCCAGUUUUUGCUACUAAGUAAAAGGUUUAAUUAUGCCAUUAGGAUUAUGAGGGAAGCCAUCGAGGUGUACCUCCCCUUUGACGAAUUGCUGAAGUUAAAUUUUGCGUACUUCUUCGAAAGGCACGCUUUAAUAAACCAGGCGCACUUCGUCUAUCAGCUUAUGCUUGGUGAGGUUUCCAAAAAGAGGAAGCAGUUUUCUCUCCCCUUUUUGCACUCCAAGGAGGGCUUCAAGAAGGGGUCCUUGGGCCUUGUGAGGAGCAGGGCGGGCAAGAGGAAGAGGAUGAGGGGCGCUACACCGGGGGGGACGCACCAACGGGGGGAAUCCAGUGAGAUGGAUGGUUUCAGCGGAGGGGAUGACCCGCAUAACAGCAGGAGCGAUGAGGAAAGAAAGGGGGGUAAAAAAAAGGCAAAAGCGGAGGGCCCACCCCGGGGUGAUAACAGCAACGGGGGGAACGAGCAGGAUAAUGAGGGUGCUAAUGAAGGUGCUAGUGAGGAAGAGGGCCAUAACAACCGCGAGGACAAUCGCGGGGUGGACCACACGAGUGAGCAGGGCAGUGGAGCCCCCCCGGGGGAGGCGCCAGAAGCGCCCAACUCUUGCGAAGACGACAUCAGGAGGAAAUUUCUGCACUGCGAUUACGAAAAGAUUGAGGAGCGGAAAAAAUACUUCAUAAACUACAUUAACGUGAACAAGAAAAAAAGGAGAGACUUCGUCUUCACGCAUUUUUUAAAUUUUGUUAAAAGGAAUUACGAUGAAACGAUCUGGAGGUACUACACGGGGGUGGUGCUGAGCGAGAAGAGGUGCUCCCAAUAUGUAUACUACUACUGUGCAAACAUGGAAAGAAGAAUUUUUAAAAAUGAAAAGAGGGCCAUCUAUAUCAUGAAUGAGGGUUAUAAGAAGUACGCGUCGAAUAAGCGGUUCCUCCUGCUUUAUGUUAAGUUUUUGCUGGAGAAGGGGAACAUGGACGAGGUGAGAUCGUUAGUCUACAAAUUUAUUCACAACCUGUAUGCAGAUUUUUAUAGGCAGUAUGACAGGGAACAUAACAGCAGUGGGAAAAAAAGCUCCAGAGGGAAAUCCGGGCAGGGAGAAUUUAACCAGUUCGAUUCUAACUAUAUAAAAUUGUUGAAGAAAAAAAAUGAAGCGUGCGAUAAGAUGUGGACGUUACUGACGCAGCUGGAGACGCUCUACGGGGACAUAACCAAUUUGAACCGAAUUUGGAAAACCAAAUUGAAAUAUGAGUCGGGGUACAAUUUGGAAGAAAAUAAAAAUGUGCUCAUCGAUUUUGAUAACGUGUCGAAUGUUAACGAACAUAUGUUUGUGGAAGAUUCUACGCUGACGGAUAUCCUUUGCAAGGGAUAUUUGGAAAAUUUAAAAAAAAAUGACAUAGACAAUCUGCAGUUUAAGGUGAACCUGGUCAAUUCGCAGCAGUUCGGCGGGGCUCCCCUCAAAAAGACCUUCUCCUUUUUUCAAGUAAGCGGAGAAAAUGCCUUCACCGAGGUGUUAACAAGAAAUGAGUGCGUGGUUGAGGUGCGGGGGGGUGAGAAGAAGAAGAAGAAAAAGGCAGUACUCCAGGAGGGGGAGCCUCCUCAGAAGCCUGAUCAGAGGCAGACACAGGAGGACGACCCUGCGAGGCCCCCCCAAUCGCAGGCAAAGAAGGAGCCCCUAAGCGAAAGCGACGUGAGCGAAAGCCGCAUUGCGAACGGGGGUGAAAGUCAAAAUAACCCAAACGGGCAAGGCGGCGCAGAAGGUGUAAAUAACGACCAGCUGGGAAACCCCCCUUUGAAGAAAGAAAAAAAACGUUCCACGAAAAGAGGCACAGUGAAGUCCACCUACGAUUCGUUUAACUUUUUGGACGCGCGAGCAAGUGUGAAAAAAAAAAAAAAAAAAACUCGCAAUAACGUUGAGAGUAGUGCGAAGAGUGGGGAAUGUAAAGCCGAAGAAAAAACAGCCAUGAUGACGGACACUGUGAGUUGCAUCAGCAGACCCAAUUUAAAGAAAAUGCUUCUGUACAAGCCGCUAGAAAAUUAUGAGCAUUUAGAAGUAGAUGGGGGGAAAUUACACGAUGAGAAAAACAUAUCCCUCAGUGAAUACCCCUACUGUGUUAGCGACUUGAACAGAAAUGACGAUAGGGAUUAUUUCUUCAAGCGAGAAUAUUUCACCAUGCCAAAUAUAAUAAACGACUUUUUAAGUUUGCUUCCUGAAGAAGAUGCAGGCCUAAAUGUGUCCGAUAGUUCCAUCGAUUAUUUAAUUACCUCUCUGCAAAAUUUGACCAUCCCCAAGUUGAAGGAAUUUCCCUACGAGCCGAUACCCGUGAAGGAAAUUAUACAGAUAAAGAGCGAGAUGAAUGGUUAGCAAGGUUUACUGUUUCUGGGGGUAAAUGAUUUGAGGGGAUGGAGGUUGCGAAAGGGGGGAAUUUGCUUGUACAAAUGAGCCCAUGUUGACAGGGGGGGAAAUAACCCGUGGGAGGAACUCUAAAAACGCUGAAGAAAGAGCUGCCAUAUAUUAUUGCACAAAAGGGGUUAUUGCAUACCCAUAUCAAGCUUCUUAACCCUGUGAGCGAGCUGUGCAGCCCUGUCUUUUUUCCCUUUCGCUCGGCGGUCGCUUCGUCCGUCCGCCGCUUGUUGUUUCGUCGUU